AUGUAUUCAUCUAUAUAUAAACUUGAUCGAGAUAUUGCACGUUCAUUUUUAAAUGCACCAUCAAAUGUUAUUUCAUAUGUACCAAUGACAAUGAGAAAUGAACAAAAUCAUAUGAUGAUGAUACCAUCUCAAACUAUAAUUGAUAAAGAAACUAUAUUCGAUGAUGUUCUAUCUCAACCUCAUACAAAUACUCAACUUAGUUGUCCAACAAAUACAAAUAUUAUUCCAAUGUACUAUGAUGUCAUUAUUGAUACAGUCACGGAUUAUGAUAUUUUCUAUCCAAUAGCUAAACAAACAACAAAAUAUUAUAAUAAUUUAAUUAAUGAUCAACAAAUAAUUUCAAACAAUCAUUCAAUAUAUCCACGUUAUCAUGUUCAUAGACUUGAUGAACUAGCUGUAUCAAUUGAUUUUUUACAUGAUUAUGAUUCAACAUCAAAUUGGUCUCAACAUUCUAUUCAAAAUCAGCAACAUCAAUAUGAACAUUUACAACCAAUAAAAAAUGUUCGAUUCAAUGAUAAUCCAACAUGGAUUCCAUAUUCAAAAAAUACUAUAGAAAAUACAUCUAAUCCUAUUGAUCAAUAUUAUUUCUAUCCAGAAAAAAUAUCAAAAAUAGAUAACAAUGAACAAUCAUCUGCACGUUAUGUCACUACACCUUUCUUAUGGUUUCGUCCUGUUCAUAAUCAUAAUUAUGCUAUUUGUAUACCAAAUUCAAGACCAAGUCUUCAUGCUUAUAUAACAUCAUCAUAUGAUCCAAUAGCAUCACAAUUUCAAAUUAAUUCUACUCCAAAUCAAAUACGAUUUUAA